CACCCAACCUAGCUGUCUCCCUGGAGCUGUUUCCUGCAGCUCUCCCUGCCUUGUUGCCCUUUGGAACGAAAGCCCCACAGGAGGGAUGCCACACCCUUCUCCAGACUCCACAGGGCCACACAAGCAACCAGCUUGCUAGCUGUAAAGGAGAGAGCCUCACAGACCCUGUGUUCCGUCUGGAAAGCUGCAGCAUCCAUGGAGUCACUGAAUCGAAACCUAGAACAUCUCAGAUUUGGUGGAGGAGACAUUGAAGAUGAAGACCAGCUUCUUGAAAGUCUAAACGGAAUUCUUCAAGCUUUGGCGGAAGAUAAGCAUAGAACAUCCAGUCUUCUUUCAGAAAGUGAGGUUUUGCCAGCCUUCGCCCGAUAUCUACAAAGCAGCCCGCAUUGUGGAGUGAAGGCAGCUCAGGUGCUUGCAGAGAUAGCUAAAAAUGAGGAAAUGAAGACUCCCUGUAUAGAUGCAGGUUUGGUACCAAUUUUGAUACCAUUGCUGGACAGCACAGACCAAGAGAUGUUGCUUCACGUAGGAAGGGCUAUUGGCCGUAUCUGCUAUGAUAACAAUGAACUUCAGGAGCAACUGGUGGCAGCAGAAGUUAUCAGAUCACUGGUCAGGAUAAUGUUGGACUAUCCAGAUAAUGAGCCACUUGUCCGUGUCAACCUGCUGGCUUUAUCCAACCUUGCAGAUCUUGACACAGCUAAAGAUGCCCUCAGCAAGACCAGAAUAGCAGAACAUUUGGUACAUCAGCUGCGGAAGGCAAACCACCACGAGAAGGUCGAAAUUAUCCUGGAGGUUCUACAGACUCUAGCAGAGAAUGAUGUCCUGAAAUUGCAGUUGGCAGAAGCUGGUAUUCAGGAUGCUGUGGCAGAGCUUCUGCUGAGGCUCCAGGAUAGCUCCCAGCCAGAAGACAUGUGUAGCUUGAAGGCUGCAUCAGAUCUAAUUGUGUCACUACUUCUUGGAGAUGAGUCCAUGCAGCAGCUGUUUGCAGAUGGGCAUGGUGUGAUCUACCAGAGUGUUGGUACAUGGCUUGCCUCCAAGCACACCCAACUGCAGCUGACAGGGGCUCUGGCCAUUGCUAACUUUGCCAGAAAUGACAGCAACUGUGUCCGAAUGGUACAGCUGGGAGUGGUUCAUAGGCUUCUGGAUCUUUUAGAACAACACGUGGAAUGUGGAGACGUCUCUGUUCAACAUGCUGCACUUAGUGCUCUCCGAAACCUUGCUAUACCAGUGGCUAACAAAGUUCAGAUGCUGAAUGAAGGGGUCAGCAAGAGGAUCCAGAUGCUUUUGAGAUCAGAGAUGCCUCCAGUUCAAUUUAAACUUCUUGGAACACUACGAAUGUUGAUGGAUGGUCAAGCUGAUGCAGCACAGGAACUGGGUCAAGAUCCCAUGCUACUCAGCAGACUGGUGCAGUGGUGUGAUUCGAAAGACCAUGCUGGAGUCUGCGGAGAAGCAAACCGCCUACUAGCUUCACUUUUACGUCACAGUCAAUCACAAGAAGUUGUCAAAGCCAUUCAAGACGCCCAGGGAGUGAAGCACCUGGUCUCUAUGGCAACCAGUGAGCACGUCAUAAUGCAGAAUGAAGCUCUGAUUGCUUUGGCCAUUGCUUCUGCAAUCAAUUUAGAAAUAAUCAAAGCAGCAUUUAAAGAGGCCAAGCUUGUUCAGAAUAUACAUAAACUUCUCCAGGAUGAAAGCACAGGUCCAGAGGUGAAAUAUAAUUCAAUAGGUCUGUUGUGCAGCCUCUUUAAUUCAGGUGACCUGAGACAAGAAGCUGAAGAGGACAAGGUUAAAGAAACCCUGGAGAAACUCUGUGGCCACAUCAAUGGUAAUGUAGCCAAACAAGCUCUAAUGGCUCUUCAAAUACUGAAUGAGGAGCACAGCAUCUUUGAACAAUAAUUGGUGGCAUCAGUCUGUUUAUCCAUUGCAAUUUUCUGCACACAGUGUACUGCUGAAAUUAAAGUAUUGCCUUGGCUAACAAGUGGCA